CCUCUCAAGGCUGGAGGCAGGCACACUGCAGCCGUAGCCGCCGCCACGAGUUACGCACUCCGAGAACGCAAAGCUUGUCCAGGGGGUCCCCGCCUACCAGAAGGGGGGCCGUGGGUCCCCGCAGGACUACGAUAAAAGGACGCGCGGGCUAUCCCGGCUCUCGCAUUCAGGCCGAACAGCCGAGGCGCUCGCUUUGCAGAAGCUGGGCAACUGGUGCUUCUCCUCUGCACAUUUGCAUUGGGGCGCCUCAGCAGCCGAGGGCUCCGUCCUCUCAGCGAGAACCGUGCUCAGGCGCUGCCGCCCUACGAGGUGCCGCGGGAGCCUUAGCCUCGCGGAGUAGGUGUUCGUGCCGUCUUCCCUCUCGGACGGAGAGCGAGUGCAGCAUGCAAGGGGCGGCAGCACGCCUGGCGUUGCGAGCCUUGCUCUUCUGCCUGGCGGCUCGGGGCAGCCCGCUGACAGAGGAAGAGCUGGUGGUGCCUGUGUGGCUGGACUCCACCGGGCAGCAGCCGGCUGAGGAGCGGCUCUACCGCCUAGACGCCUUUGGCCAGCGCUUCAGCUUGGAACUGCAACCCGAUAGCAGCUUUUUGGCGCCGGACUUGACGCUGCAGUACGUGGGCAGCCGCCCCCAAUCAGGGGAGGAGGCAGAGGAGCCCGAGCAGCCCGGAGACGCCGACUUGUCCACUUGCUUCUACGCCGGUACUGUCAACGGAGAUCCAGUCUCUGCCGCCGCGCUCAGCCUCUGCGGAGGGAUCCGCGGCGCUUUUUAUUUGCGCGGAGUCGAGUACCUCAUCCAGCCUGCUAAUGUCUCGCUCCUACAAGGAGAAACGAAGCUCCAGCUCCACGUCUUGCGACGCCGGCUCCAGAGGAAUCUCCACCAGGGCGGCGGCACUAAGUGUGGGGUGACGGACAGCAGCUCCCCCUUGUUCGUAGACGUUCAGCAGCCGCAACACGUGUUGCGCGCAGGACAUGGAAAUACAAGGAAAAAAAGGUUUGUGUCAAGCCCUCGCUAUGUGGAAACCUUACUGGUAGCAGACCAGUCUAUGGCAGAGUUUCAUGGCAGUGGACUGAAGCACUAUCUCCUGACACUCAUGUCUGUGGCAGCCAAGUUGUACAAGCACCCUAGCAUCCGGAACUCCAUCAGCCUGGUGGUGGUGAAAAUAAUGGUCAUCUAUGAUGAGCAGAAAGGACCUGAUAUAUCUUCAAAUGCUGCCCUCACCUUACGAAAUUUCUGCAGCUGGCAAAAGCAGCAUAAUUCUCCCAGUGACCGGCAUGCUGAGCAUUAUGACACUGCAAUUCUUUUCACCAGACAGGAUCUCUGCGGUGCCAAGACAUGUGAUACUCUUGGGAUGGCUGACGUGGGAACAGUUUGUGAUCCAAACCGCAGUUGCUCUGUCAUAGAAGAUGAUGGCUUGCAGGCUGCCUUUACAACCACUCAUGAGCUGGGCCAUGUAUUUAAUAUGCCCCAUGAUGAUGCAAAACAGUGUGCCAGUAUUAACGGCAUAAGCAGGGAUUACCACAUGAUGGCAUCUAUGCUUUCCAAUUUGGAUCGAAGUCAGCCUUGGUCUCCAUGCAGUGCUUACAUGAUUACUACAUUUUUGGACAAUGGUCAUGGUGAGUGUUUGCUGGACAAACCUCACAAGCCUAUACAGCUCCCUUCUGACCUACCUGGAACAGUAUAUGAUGCCAAUAGGCAGUGCCAGUUCACCUUUGGAGAGGAGUCAAAACAUUGUCCUGAUGCAGCCAGCACAUGUACAACCUUGUGGUGUACUGGAACCUCCGGAGGAUUGCUUGUAUGCCAAACCAAACAUUUUCCUUGGGCAGAUGGUACAAGCUGUGGAGAGGGGAAGUGGUGUGUGAACGGAAAGUGUGUAGACAAGAAGCAUUAUGAUACUCCUGUCCAUGGUGGCUGGGGACCAUGGGGACAGUGGGGAGAGUGUUCAAGGACAUGUGGCGGAGGAGUCCAGUAUUCUGUGAGAGAGUGUGACCAUCCAGUUCCAAAGAAUGGCGGAAAAUACUGUGAAGGGAAACGGGUGCAGUACAGAUCUUGUAACAUAGAAGACUGCCCAGACAGCAAUGGCAAAACCUUCAGGGAGGAACAGUGUGAAACUCACAAUGAUAUUUCCAAAUCUCAUUUUGGGAGUGGACCUGCAGUGGAAUGGACACCCAAGUUUGCUGGCGUCUCGCCCAAAGACAGAUGCAAGCUUGUUUGCCUUGCGAAAGGCACUGGCUAUUUCUUUGUUCUUCAGCCAAAGGUGAUAGAUGGAACAUUAUGUAGCCCAGAUACUACUUCAGUUUGUGUCCAAGGGCAAUGUGUAAAAGCUGGAUGUGAUCGCAUCAUCGGCUCCAGUAAGAAGUUUGAUAAAUGUGGUGUCUGUGGAGGCAAUGGUUCUACAUGCAAGAAAGUAUCAGGCAUGCUUUCUAGUUCCAGCCGUGGUUACCAUGAUGUUCUUGUGAUUCCUGCUGGGGCGACAAACAUAGACAUUAAACAACGGAAUCACAGGGGCACAAGACAGGAUGGUAGCUUCCUAGCUAUUAAAGCUGCUGAUGGCACCUAUAUUCUCAAUGGUGACUACACACUAUCAACAUUAGAGCAAGACAUCAGUCAUAAAGGCAAUGUUUUGAGGUACAGCGGCUCAUCGGCCUCUUUGGAAAGAAUACGCAGUUUCAAUCCACUGAGUGAACCUUUAACAAUACAAGUCCUUACUGUAGGUGAACUGCCACGUCCUAAAAUAAAAUACACAUACUUUGUGAAGAAACCAGUACAGUCUGGUCCUGAGAAGCCUUCUAGUAAAAAGACUGAAUCUUUCAAUGCAAUCAAGGAAACAAUUUUAUCUGAAUGGGUUAUCGAAGAAUGGAGAGAAUGUUCAAAGUCAUGUGGAACUGGAUGGCAGAGGAGAUCUGUAGAAUGCAGAGACCUCAGUGGACAGCCUUCAGCAGACUGUGCAAGAGAACUCAAGCCAAUUGACAUCCGGCCAUGUGCAGACACUCCGUGCCCUCAGUGGCAGCUAGGAGACUGGUCACCAUGUUCUAAGACAUGUGGGAAAGGUUUCAAGAAAAGAUCAUUAAAAUGUGUUUCAUUUGAUGGCAUCACAUUGUCACAUGAAAGCUGUGACCUCGUAAAGAAACCUAAACAUUUAAUAGACUUUUGCAAUGUUACAAACUGCAGCUAAACCAUAACAGGCUGAGAAAGCUAAUGGUGUAAGUUUCAGACCAAAGCACUGAAAAGGAGGGUGAAAGGUAGCAAUUGUGUAAUUUUCAUUGCAAAAUUCACCGUGGGGAAUUUACUGAGAUGGGGGCAGUGCAAAUAAUGUUGGAUGGGGUGGAUUCUAUCAACUGCAAACCUGAUAAAACAACUAAUGUUGCUAGCUAUUUCAUCUUCAGCACUAAAGCCCUGAGGCAUUACAAUUUCCUUUUUUAAGUCUGUUACAAGUUAAACAAAACAUAGGCAGUGGCCAAAGCAGGUUUAAACAAACAUUUCAAUGUUUUAGUGAUUACAUUUUUUUUUUCUUCCUGGAGUUGUGUUGUGGUACUGAUAAAAAUAUUUUUUCCUCAAAGUUGGGAAUGAGAAUGACCAUUUUUCUCUAAGCUUAAUAAUUGGUCAGGUCUUGCCUACCUCACAAAGAGCAAACAAAAAAAGAACAACCCUCAGUAUUUGAAAAGAACUUUUGACUAUAUUGUUAAUGGCUGCUAUCAUUUUACAGAAUAGUUUUUUUUAUAAACAGAAAGCCAUAUUAUCUGCCUGUAAAUAAGAACGUACAAAAAUGGCUGUUAAAUCUCUUGAUGACUAGAAUGUAGUGCAGUUUUAAAGUAUUUUUUUUAUUUUACUGAGGUAACAUUUCCCCCUUGCAGUCAGCCUGCAGGACUGGAAUCAUAACAGUUUCAGCAAUGCAUGCCAUUCUUAUUGGUUUGGAUAGGUCACACCCCAUUUGCUCCAAAAUAUUUAAGUGAAAUUAAUUUUAUCUUGGGAGUAUAUAUUUGUCUUAUGAGUAUAUUGUAAUCAAGUUUCUAGGUGGAAAUGUAGUCAUAUCAUGCUGCCAUUUGAGUUAAGGUAAUGGUCUGACCUCUUUAAGAUACAGUUUACUAUAUACAGGCCAACAAUAGCACACUUGCUUGUGAUCUGCUGCGAACAGAUACAAUUCCAUCAUGAACAGGAGGUCUUUAAUGCAUGGCACCUAAUGUUUUUACACUGCUCAAAUCACUUGUAAGACGGGGAAGACUAAGCUGAGGGAUAGCAGGUCCAUCCACAGCAAUAUGCCAAUACAUGUGUAUUUAAAAGUUUGUGCCAGUCCAUAGACUCUGAGAAUAUGG